UGAUUGUUGAAGUUGUUUGCUAGACUUGCAGAGCUUCAUACACUUAUACACGCCAGCGUACCAACGAUUUCGGAUCAUACAGAACCAACCACUUCCUAAUGGCGGCCCUGCAGCAAUAUCGCUCGCUCAUCCGUACCCCUGAGCUUAUUUGUUCGGAUACAGAAGACUUGUAUUCCAGCGAAGAGGAGAUGCCAGAUCGCGAUGAGACCGACCAGCUGCUAAGACAAGCACAUCACUACGUCAUCACAGAAGGAGGUAAAGACUCACCUACAACCUACAUGGAACGCAUUUAUCGCAUAAAUGAAGAUCUGGUUCAAGAGAUCACGACACACAGCUACGACUGCGACCCCAAGCUGUUUCGCCGUGUCAAACAGAAGAUCGAUCACGUGCUCCGCGAGUUCGAGGACGCUGUAGACGCAGACUCUAGUCUGUACGACUGCAGCGAUUCAUCAGAGUACUACGCUACAGCAGCUGAGGAAGGUCUGUAUCGUAUGGAUUUCAGUCCUGUGACGCCUGAAGGUCCAUCUGCUCGACGCACAGCGAAGACUGGUAGCAUGGACGAUGUAGAGAAGACAUAUCUCUAUGGCGGUCUUGGCAAUCACCCGGAGAGCUGGUACAAGAAAGUUGCAGCAUCGUUGCCGUUUCCGGAGACUAUACGUAUGGCCGACUGGGAGAGCCUCCGUAUACAUUGGGACCUUGCCAACACAGGUGACGCGGAGACAACGGAGUCCGUGACUGGCAACGCCGUAUCAUGUAACGAAUCUCGCCUUACACACCACAACAACCUGGAUCAAUAUGAGUCUGGGUCGCGGUUCAAGCUGCCUACACCCAGCUCAGUGAUCAUGCAGAAGGUCAAAGAGUUCGGCACAGCCAAUGAGCUACGGAGAGCUGUUCAUGUAUUCUACCGAGGUGACGACUCGAAGAGGAAGAACGAAGACUACAAGUACGUUCCACGCGUCUUCCUGGACAAACUCGAAGUGGGCCAGCGUCUCAGUCCUGUAGACCUUGUCGACGAAGUUCGCAGCGCAGUGAACCGAACGCCCACUAAAUUUAGUUCAUGCAGCAACGGCGGCAGCAAAAUCGGCUCCGCACCACCAGCGACUCGCACACUUCUAAACACUUCGCAACGACCCUCACCAUCAAGCCCAGUCGAAGAAGACUCUUGCCUAUCGCCCAUAGGCGACGAAAACCCUGUCACUCUUGAGAUACCUGCCCGCAAGGCUCCUCAACAGCAGGCUACUGCUACUACCUCGGCGAUUCGCCGUCAACGAGCUAAGAUGGAAGAAUCUUUGCGUUCGGUGGACAGCAUGUCAAGUCCACCCGCUAAAUGGGAGACUGCGGUAGCGACCCAUGUCGUCAUUCCCAACAAGACUCGCGUCCAUCCGCGCAAAACGGCAACUCCGGUGGCCAUCGUGCCGGCAUACCAGACCAUUGCGACAGGUAAACGCAAGCGUCUCAGCGUUGACGUAGUCGAGGACCAGACCGAGGGAGACACCUGUUAUGAAGCGGUCCUCUCGAAGCGUAGGGAGCUCGCCAGAGAGUCCGUCAGGCCUUGCACACCCACCCUUCCCAUCCAGGGUGACAAUGUCGACACGCCAGCUAGCUUACCUGCUCUGACGCCUUGCUCGUCGGUUAUGUCGACGCCGCCCUUCGUCAAGGCCCGGGCAGCAGGCAGGAAGCAAUGUAAGAUCCGCACAAAGCGCGAUUCCGAGCAGCGCGUACCGCAGGAGAAGUUCGAAGAAAUCACAGCGGGGAGCAAGAGCAUUGCAGCAGCUGCUGAGAGCAUUGUGAGGGGAAGUACGAGGAGUGAUAGGGCGCGCAAACCGUAGAUUACAGACUAGACUGGACCACGUUCGUUACGAGUCCCUUUUGUUGUAUGUCAUACUAUAGACGUAUACUCUCAUAUCACUAUUCACCUACGUCUCUCAAUCUUCGAUCGAUCUCCAGUCUCCGCGCCCUACAUACGCCUCACACCCUUCGUUACUCUCCACAUCGCGCGCCAACCGACCUGUUACUACACUCCUCUCAUGCUCCCUACCCCGAACGACAGAGGGCUCAAAGCCACCUAGUUCACCGUUCGACAACGCGCGGCGUAUCCAUGUCCCGCUCAUGAACUGGAAACCGCUGCUUUGCCGGUCGAGAAGCACGAACCACCGCCGC